CAAGAUGCCGACCAACAAUCCCACCGCCCCCGGCAACUUAAAAUCCCAAACAUUAAACCUGCCCGAAAUCUUGUUUCAGAUUCUUACGCUUACGUAAACAACGCAUACAAAUAGAUUCGUGUCCGAUUUUUAAUAAAAGUAGUAUAAGAAAAGGAUCUUUUUCUAAAUUCGAUUUUUUUUUUCUUUUCUCUCUCGACAAAAAUCCCAUUUCUUUCACAUCACUGCAAUAAAUCUUUAACUAGCUCUCUUAGGUAUUCAAUCUUCAAUCAAAAAUCCAAUCAUUCCUUCAUCUUGAAUCAAAUUCUCAAUAACGAUCUAAGUUUUCGAUCUUAAUUUGAUCGAAAGUUCUCUUUCCGGAUUCCCCCCUUAGGGUUUUUGAUUCUGGAAUUUGAAUUUUUGUAAGUUAUGGAGAACAUCAAGAAUGGAUCAGAAGGAGCAAAAACCAAUGAUUCAAACCCUAAUUCUGUAGUUGUUGUGACAGAAAACGAGGUUGAAACGAAUUUAUCUCCAUCAACUCAACAACAACAACAGCAACAGUCUUCUAGAACUCCUUUUACAAGUCUUAGUCAGAUUGAUGCCGACCUUGCUCUUGCUCGAACUCUGCAGGAACAGGAAAGAGCAUAUUUGAUGUUGAGGAUGAAUGGGCAUGUUAGUGACUAUGGAAGUUCGGAAAAUGGAAGUUAUGAUUAUGAGGAUGAUGAAGUUGAUGUUGAUGAGGAUGACGACGAUGAUGAUGAGGAUGACGAUGACGAUGAGGUUUUAAAUCAUGAUUUGGAUUCUGAGGAUGGUGUCGAUGAAGAAGAUGCAUUUGAUGUGCAUGCUCAUGCCGAAGGGGAGGACAAUGAUCAAGCUGCCGAACCUGAAUCCCCAACUUUCGAAGAUGAUGAGGCCUAUGCAAGAUAUCUUCAGGAGGCUGAAGAGCGAGAAAUGGCUAUCCGCUUGAUGGCCUUUGCAGGGCUAAAUGAUUUUCAAGGGCAACCAGACGAGGAUGAGGAUCAUGAUAGUGACGACGAAUCCCAGCAGGACUGGGAAGAGGUAGAUCCAGAUGAAUUGUCAUAUGAGGAGUUGAUUGCAUUAGGUGAAGUAGUUGGAACUGAAAGCCGAGGUCUUUCAAUCGACACAAUUGCUGCUCUGCCUUCCGUAAGUUACAAAGCGCAAGAACAGGAUGGAGGCACAGAACAAUGUGUCAUUUGCAGAUUGGAAUUUGAUGACGGGGAGACCUUGACUGCUUUAUCAUGCAAACAUGCUUACCACCCCGAGUGCAUAAACAAUUGGCUGCAAAUAAACAAGGUCUGUCCUGUUUGCAGCACUGAAGUUUCUACAUCUCAAAGCACUAGCAGUUGAUAAGGCUGUUCAAUAUACCCUCCAUUAUAUUGUGGAUCCUCUGCUUGAAGUGAUAUGCAAAGGAGGCCGGAGCUCUUCUUCUUUUCUCUAUCCUUGUUCAGGGCUCUCAUUUUCUUCUUCCUUUGUUUCAGUUUUCUAUUUACGAUGGUACUAUUGUUUCAAGCAUCAUGUGCAUUAUAAAUGUGACUGUUGGAAAAUGUUGUUUGAUAAUCAUAUUCACUUUUAACCUUUCAAACCCAA